CCCUCCCCCUGCUCCCUUUUCCCUUUGGUUUCGUUCUCUCCUACAGAGGCCGACCCCUGAGUUGUGAGUCUGGGCUCUGGUUGGUGAGAAAGAGCCAUCAUAGCUGGAAGCUGGGAGGUGUGGGAAAUACUGUUAAUUGAGGUAUUUGGAGACCAAGGGCUUGUAUGGAAUGUUUUGUUUGUGGUAGGAGGUCGGGCGAGGGUGGGAAGGAGGUCUUCCCCGGGAGACUAGCGGGGGCGGGGUUGAGCUGGGUUUGCUGGUGGGUGGGACGCACCCCUAAAAUGGAUAGCGCGGGGGUGGGGCGGUGUGUGGGCCAAAGAAAAAUGGAGGCAGUGAGAACUGGCGCUGGGGUCGCACGGCAUUAUGGCAUCAGUUUUGCUUUAACCGUUUGAUAAAAAAAGCAGUUAACACCAAUGUGAGUUGUAUGUGGGAGUAUUUGAAUUGUCGAUUUUAGGUAGCCACGUUUUAUUCCCAAAUUGCUUUAUUUCCUUUUACUUUGGGGAAACCUCUUUGCUGCAGGCUUUUCUGUCCUUAAGUAUUAUAGACUUUUCAAACAGGAAAUUUCCACACAAAAGCAAAGGAAUGUAAGGGGAAAAGUAAUUAAAGAGAAAACAACGAAUUAGGGAGUUGUAGACCAAACCCUCCCCUCCAGGUGGGGAGUAUUUGUUCAAAUUAGAGCGUGCAAACAAAGAUUUAUCUCAUUAGUCAGUUAAAGAACACAGGCCACAGAAAUAUCUUCCUUAAUAAACUGGUUCUGUUCAGUUUCCUAAAACAUUAUUUUCGGUAGCUCCCUGUUGCAUAAUAUAUGUCUUCCGUGCCCUCUCAAACUUUUGCAUUUUAUUCAGGCCUAUAGUCUAUAGCCUACAGGAGAUGAGAACUCUACAAAAUCUCAGCUUCAGAUACUGGAGAAUGGGGAAAGAGAACAUAGGAUUAAACCUAACCACGUAUAUUUGAGUAACAAGUAGCGGAGUAGGAAUGAGUUUCAUUAGGGGACUGAAAUUCUCUAUUGCAGUCAUAAUAACUCCAAAAGUAAUUCUAGUUUCCUGCUCCAUGUAGAGGACAACAGUAUGUCCUCCCUCCCUGGGUGCAUUGGUUUGGAUGCAGCAACAGCUGCAGUGGAGUCUGAAGAGAUUGCAGAGCUGCAACAAGCAGUGGUUGAGGAGCUGGGUAUCUCUAUGGAGGAACUUCGGCAGUUCAUUGAUGAAGAACUGGAAAAGAUGGACUGUAUACAGCAGCGCAAGAAGCAACUAGCAGAGUUGGAGACGUGGGUAAUACAGAAGGAAUCCGAGGUGGCCCAUGUUGACCAGCUCUUUGAUGAUGCAUCCAGGGCAGUGACUAAUUGUGAGUCUUUGGUGAAGGACUUUUACUCCAAACUGGGACUACAGUACCGGGACAGUAGCUCUGAGGAUGAAGCUUCCCGGCCUACAGAAAUAAUUGAGAUUCCUGAUGAAGACGAUGAUGUCCUCAGUAUUGAUUCAGGUGAUGCUGGGAGCAGAACUCCAAAAGACCAGAAGCUCCGUGAAGCUAUGGCUGCCUUAAGAAAGUCAGCUCAAGAUGUCCAGAAAUUCAUGGAUGCUGUCAACAAGAAGAGCAGUUCCCAGGAUCUACACAAAGGAACCUUGAGUCAAAUGUCUGGAGAAUUGAGUAAAGAUGGUGACCUGGUAGUUAGCAUGCGCAUUCUGGGCAAGAAGAGAACUAAGACGUGGCACAAAGGCACCCUUAUUGCCAUCCAGACGGUUGGGCCGGGAAAGAAGUACAAGGUGAAAUUUGACAACAAAGGAAAGAGUCUUCUGUCAGGGAACCAUAUUGCCUAUGAUUACCACCCUCCUGCCGACAAGCUGUAUGUGGGCAGUCGAGUAGUGGCCAAAUACAAAGAUGGGAAUCAGGUCUGGCUCUACGCUGGCAUUGUAGCUGAGACACCAAACGUCAAAAACAAGCUCAGGUUUCUCAUUUUCUUUGAUGAUGGCUAUGCUUCCUAUGUUACACAGUCUGAACUGUAUCCCAUUUGCCGGCCACUGAAAAAGACUUGGGAGGACAUAGAAGACAUCUCCUGCCGAGACUUCAUAGAGGAGUAUAUCACUGCUUACCCCAACCGCCCCAUGGUUUUGCUCAAGAGUGGACAGCUUAUCAAGACUGAGUGGGAAGGCACGUGGUGGAAGUCCCGAGUUGAGGAGGUGGACGGCAGCCUAGUCAGGAUCCUCUUCCUGGAUGACAAAAGAUGUGAAUGGAUCUAUCGAGGCUCUACACGGCUGGAGCCCAUGUUCAGCAUGAAGACAUCCUCAGCCUCUGCACUAGAGAAGAAGCAAGGCGGACAGCUCAGGACACGUCCAAAUAUGGGUGCUGUGAGGAGCAAAGGUCCCGUGGUCCAGUACACUCAGGAUCUGACCAGUACUGGAACCCAGUUCAAGCCAGUGGAGCCCCCUCAGCCUACAGCUCCACCUGCCCCACCUGCCCCACCUGCCCCACCUGGUCCACCUCUGUCCCCCCAGGCAGGUGACAGUGAAAGCUUGGAAAGCCAGCUUGCCCAAUCUCGGAAGCAGGUAGCCAAAAAAAGCACAUCCUUCCGGCCAGGAUCUGUGGGCUCUGGUCAUUCCUCCCCUACAUCCCCUGCACUCAGUGAAAAUGCCCCUGGUGGGAAACCUGGGAUCAGUCAGACACAUAGAUCACCUUUAGGAUCCACAACCUCUGCCCCAGCACCCCCAGCUCCCCCAGCACCCCCAGCCUUCCAUGGCAUGCUGGAGCGGGCCCCAGCAGAGCCCUCCUACCGCGCCCCCAUGGAGAAGCUUUUCUACUUACCUCAUGUCUGCAGCUAUACUUGUCUGUCUCGAGUCAGACCUAUGAGAAAUGAGCAGUAUCGGGGCAAGAACCCUCUCCUAGUCCCACUACUGUAUGACUUCCGGCGGAUGACAGCCCGGCGCCGAGUUAACCGCAAGAUGGGCUUUCAUGUUAUCUAUAAGACACCCUGUGGCCUCUGCCUUCGGACAAUGCAAGAGAUUGAGCGCUACCUUUUUGAGACAGGCUGUGACUUCCUCUUCCUGGAGAUGUUCUGUUUGGAUCCAUAUGUUCUUGUGGACCGAAAGUUUCAGCCCUAUAAGCCUUUUUACUAUAUUUUGGACAUCACUUAUGGGAAGGAAGAUGUUCCUCUGUCCUGUGUCAAUGAGAUUGACACAACUCCCCCACCUCAGGUGGCCUACAGCAAGGAACGAAUCCCGGGCAAGGGUGUUUUCAUUAACACAGGCCCUGAAUUUCUGGUUGGCUGUGACUGCAAAGAUGGGUGCCGGGACAAGUCCAAGUGUGCCUGCCAUCAGCUAACUAUCCAGGCUACAGCCUGCACCCCAGGCGGCCAAAUCAACUCUAACUCUGGCUACCAGUACAAGAGACUAGAAGAGUGUCUGCCCACAGGGUAAGUAGUCAGGGGAAAGUGAAGCACCUCAGAGACUGAAUUAUUGUUUUUCUAUGCUUGUAACAACCAUCAGAAUCCUAAAAAUUGGAGCCAAAAAUAGGAUAACUGAAACAGACAUUUUAUCAAUUAAGCCUUAGUUACUGAAUUCCCAGCACAUGUUUUCUUCCUUGAGCUUUCCUCGAAAUGAAUACAUAUAAUGAUUGAAUAGUAUCUAGCAAUUUUCUGUUGCAGUAAAAGAUCACCUUGAUUUCAGAGCUGUACGAUUAUUCUAACAGAUUGUGGUUUACUCUGGCAAGCGAGAUGUGUUCAGAGAGGAGACCUGAUUAUAUAGGACUUUGUAAAUCAGAAUAAAAAUUAGAGUCAAAUUCAUGAUGUGAUGGGAAGCUGUUAGGGAAUUUUAAGCAGGCAAAUGAUGUGAUCUGCCUUUUAAAGAUUACUCUGACUUCUCUAUGAAAAAUAAGUCUUUAGGGCAGCAAAAGUAGAAUUUGGUAGACCAAUUAGAUACUUUCAGGAACAUAGGUAAGAAGUGGUGGUUGCUGGGGCUUGUACUAGAAUGAAGGUGGCAGUAGAGAUGAAAGCGGAUACACUUGGGGAUGCACUUGGAGGUAGAGCUGCAGAACUUCAUAGAUUGCGGAAUGGGAGGGAAAGAACAGAAUCAAGAACAAGUCCUAAAUUUUAUACUUGAGCAACUAAGUGGAUGCUGGUGCUUUUUACCGAGAUGGAAAACUAGAGCUAGAGUUGCAGGUCUGAGUAAAAUUCAGCUUCUGUUCUGGCCAUGUUAAGUCUGAGAUGCGUGUUAGGCAACCCAAGUGGAAAUGUCAAGAAGGCAUUGAGGACUUCGCUGGUGGAGAAGUGGUUAAGAAUCCAGCUGCCAGUGCAGGGGACACAGGUUCGAGCCCUGCUCCGGGAAGAUCCCACAUGCCACAGAGCAACUAAGCCCAUACGCCACAACUACUGAGCCGGCACUCUAGAGCCCGCGAGCCACAACUACUGAGCCCAUGUGCCACAACUACUGAAACCUGCGAGCCUAGAGCCCGUGCUCAGCAACAAGAGAAGCCACCACAAUGAGAAGCCCGCGCACUGCAACGAAGACUAGUCCCCACUCGCUGCAACUAGAGAAAGCCUGCGUGCAGCAACGAAGACCCAACGCAGCCAAAUAAAUAAAUAAAUUUAUUUAUUUAUUUUUUUUUUUUAAGAAAAAAAGGCAUUGAGACUUCUGAAGAGAAGUGUAAGGAUUGGGCAUAAAGAAUUAGGAGUCAUCAGCUCAGGAGUGGUAGUUAAAGCCUGGACGAGUUCAUCUAGAGAGAAUAUUGAUAAUAGAAAAGAGAAGGGGCCCAGAAUAAGCCCUGGGCUCUCCAAAAAGAAGUUGAGCAGAGGAGGUGGAGCCAGCAUGUGAGAUUGAGAAGGACAGGUCAGGGAAAGAGGAGGACAGUGAAAAAAGUGGGAUAUAAUGUGGUAAGCUGGGUGUAUAUGAAUAUGUGAACUAAUUAGCCUAGUGCUCAAGAUACAUAAUUAA